AUGGCUUCAGCCGACUCAAAAUCAACUCUCCCGCCGGAUGCGGCUAUCGAGGAUGCAUCCGAUGCACAGUCCAUCCUCCCUCCCUACGAGGAAACGUCCCGCCCGUCUCCUGGCCCUGCGUCCGGCCCUUCACCCGGCGCCGCCCCGCCUGCCUACCAACCAUCGAUGCUUGAGGUUGGCUGGACAGCAGGAAAGGGCAAAGAUGCGGCAGUCGACACGGCCAUGUUUGACGUGUAUGCCUACAACGCCGAGAUUGUUGCCGCUGCCGCGCUUUUGCUGGACGGCCAGACCAUUGUUGCCGAGCACGCGCCCAGCACUCCUCUGUAUCGUGUGAACCGCGGUCUCGCUACGCUCGGCCCAGCCACCAAGGCCGUCGAGCUGGACCGCCUGGAGCAGCGGUGCGACGAAGCUCCCAUGGUCCUGCGCCCCCGCAACAUGUACACGCUGCACCGCUCGCGCGCCUUUGACUACGUCGUCGGCCUCGGCGGCGCCCUGGGCGGCAGCCGACCCGAGUUUUACAUGCGCGCCACCAACGCGCGGGCGGCGCCGCUGGGCCACUUGGGCCUGCGGGGCCGCAGCUUUGCCUCGUGGUCGGCGGAGCCGGUCCUGAUGGAGUUCAACAGCAAGGACGGCGUCAAGGGCCUCGGGUGGGACCAGGCGCACCCGGCACCCGUUUUCCGGGCGCAGCACCGCCCCACGCGGCAAGGGGUGCUGUCGUGGCUCGACGCCACGGGACACGAGGUGGCGCUCAUGUACGAGACGAUGGAGGCGCGGAGCAUCGCCGUGCAAGCUAGCGUGGACCGGGGAAAGGAUGCGGCGGUGGUGGCACCGCCGCCGCCGCCCCAGCCGACAGACACGCCGCGCCUCCUCGUCACAGCGCCUAUGCGGCGCGACCAGCGUGACGCUCUCGUCGCCGUGUGGUGCUGCUAUGCCUGGGCCCAGGGUGUGAGCCGCCAUGUCGACGUGCCGCUGCCGCGUGGCAAGAAUCCGUACCAUUAUUCACGGGUGUUCAACUGA